AUGAUAGUGAACAAUAGUCCUAAGAGUGAGAAUCGGAUUAAAGAUUCAUUGCUCAAACUGGAAAAUGCCACAUUUUUAGAAGAGCCCUCUACAGAUUAAGAUCUAAACAACAAUUCAACCACUAAAUAAAAAAGUACAGCAUUUAAGAAAUAUGUAUCUAUCUAAUAAACACUUUCAUAAUAAACCUCCAAUGCAUCUAACAACAUUAUGAUGAAUAACAGCGCUAUUAAUUAGGUUGUUCACCCUAAAAUCUAACUUCAAUAGCAAACGUAGUAUCAAGCGAUGUACACUAGCACAACUACCAACAUGAAUCCCUCUAAAAUGACUAAGUCUGAUUAUACAUCACUUGAGAACACAAGGAGAGCGCAUAGAAUAUAUUCUUUACAUAAUACACCAUACUUUUAAUAAAAGAUGUUAAAAAAGCGUCAAAAGCUUCAAUCUAGUCCAGAAAAUAAUAUCAGGAUAAUUGAUAGAAAAUAUAAUAGCCCCACUACCAUUAACAGAUCAAUUGAUAAGAGCUACAUCAGUGAGCGCAACUCAUUGAUGGAAAGUAUUAAUUAAAUUGAGAAGAAUAUUGGAAGUGGAGCAGCUUUAAGUACCAUUGUCAAUGAAUAGACAUAGUAAUAGCAAUUUUAGGGUUAACAUAUGUUUAUUAAUGUACUGGAAAGCAGCUUUCAAAGUAGACCUAAUGAUAAAGCAGAAUGUAACAACAGUAGUUUGGAAUCGACUAAGUAUUAAAUUGGUGCACUCAACUCUCAUAAUCACUCGAUAUUCACCUAAGAUAUGAAUGAAACCACGAAUCACUCUAUUUCGAUUCAGCAAACACCUUCAAACCAGUUGAACAGUUUGUUUAUGCCAGGGAGAAUGAAGAAAUAUCCAAAAGACCUUAAGAUAAAGGGAGUUUGGGUCAAUAAUCCAUCAUAUUUAAAGAAAGAGGCAAGCCAGAUGAAUGAACUCAAAUCAAUCUUGAUGCAGACUAAGCUAGCAGAAUGCUAGUCGAUAUUACAAUCGACUAAAAAUGUGGAUACUAGAAACAAAUCAAAUUAAAGGAAUGCUAGUCCCUAUGCUAGCAGGGGUAGUUCCAGUAAAAUCUAGCAGUUAAUCUUCUUACCGUCUUAAUUGCUACAGAAUGCACAGCAAUUAAAUGAGUCAUAAGAUCAUUUGUCGUAGCAUAAAAAGAGCGUUAAUGAAGGAAUAUUGUUGAAGAAGAUUUAGAUGCCAAACUAAAAUAUAUAUAAAAACAACUUCUAAGACUAAACUUCUCCAAGGCAAACUAAUCAGCUUAGGUUAUUACUUCCAUAACUAUCCCAAAGUACGAAUUAAAUGAAAUCUACUUAAAGAUACAAAGAACCUAAGGACUCAUUUGAUUCUUAAAAACAGCCUUAGCCGAUCUCUACUUAUUAAAAUAGUCGAAGCACUUAUAGAAAUUCUAUGAAGUCGUAAAAAUCUAGGGAAAGGGGUUCAAGAUCGAUAAAUAAUCCAGAGAGCAAUAGUACAUCUAUAACUUUGAAACAGAGAUUUAACUAUGACUAUGCGAAUAGCAUUAAUCUCUCAAUGAAUAACAAAAGUCAGUUACCUGGUAGUGCUCAUCAUUAAACAUAUCUUAAGAAGUUGAGCCUAGUAGACUAGCCUAAUUUUAAUCAGAAUAGUGUAGUCUCGAGAGAAUCAACAAAGAAUAAUGUUGCGGAAUUGAACUAGAGUCACUAUCUUUGGUCAGCAUAGAAUCCAGGUAACAGGGGUGUGAGUUUCAGAAGAUCUAUCAUAGAAUUAACAGACUUCAAAGUACUAUGA